AUGAGUGCAGCGGUGAAAGACAAUCACGCGCAAGCUGAGGGAAGUAACCUCAAAAAGUUUGUGAACAAAAUCAUUGGCCAACCUGCUUCUUAUGCACACAAGGAAAACUACACAUUUGGCAAAACAUUGGGCGCGGGUUCAUUCGGUAUUGUACGUUAUGCAAGAAACAACGUUACCGGAGAAGAUGUGGCAAUGAAGAUCAUCUUGAAGAAAGCGCUCAAGGGGAAUGAAGCAAUGGUGUUGGAGGAGAUCAAGUUUCUUGAGGAGUUGCACAACCCACACAUUGUUGCACUCAAAGACUGGUUUGAAAGUAGAGACAAGUUUUAUAUUGCUACUCAAUUGGCAACUGGUGGUGAAUUGUUUGAUCGAAUUGUACAAAGGGGUAGGUUUACUGAACAUGAUGCGUCAUUGGUUAUUAUUCAAAUGUUGGAAGCUUUGCAAUACUUGCAUGAACGUGAUAUUGUCCAUCGUGAUAUCAAACCAGAAAAUGUUUUGUAUUUAACUCCCGAGCAGAAUAGUCCUGUGGUUUUGGCUGAUUUUGGUAUUGCCAAGAGACUACAGAACUCGAGUGAAAAGUUGAUGUCGUCUGCUGGAUCAUUUGGAUAUGCGGCACCUGAAGUUAUACUAGGAACUGGUCACGGUAAGCCAUGUGAUAUUUGGUCCUUGGGAGUUGUCACCUACACUAUUCUUUGUGGAUAUUCGCCAUUCAGGUCGGAAAAUGUUACCGAUUUCAUUAAUGAAGUGAAACACAACAACGCAGUUAUUUUCCAUGCUGAUUAUUGGAGAGAUGUUUCCAAGGAUGCACGUAGAUUUAUAAUCAAGGCUUUGCAAUACAAUCCCGACAACCGACCCACGGCUACUGAACUCUUGAAUGAUCCAUGGAUCGUGGACAUUGCCAAGAAGCACACCGAUGCCGAUUUGUUGCCACAAUUGAAGGAACGUUUCGAUGCCAAGGCCAAGUUCAAACAAGCUAUUGAACUUGUCAAGUUGCACAAUAGGAUUAAUAAAUUGAAGGAAAUGCAAACUGAAGAGGAUGAUGAUCCAACGGAAAUCAACUUGUUCAAUGCCAAUGGAGACUUGCUGAGCAGUCUGAACAAAAAGGGUGACCAGGUGACAAGACAUGGGUCUACUGGUUCUACUGGUUCUACUGGGUCUACUGGGUCUGCUGGGUCUGCUUUGAAUAAUUGGAGAAAGUUUAACGACUCCUUGAAAGCCACUGAAGGAAGUGCUGAUAAAUCAAAAAUUUCAUUGUCUGAUACCACUCCUAAGUUUGAUGGUACAGCUGCUAAAACGACCGCGGUGGGUAAUGCCUUUGUACAGUUGGUGAAUGCUGCUAAGACGAAUAAGGAGAGGGUUGAAAGUUUCAAGGAGAAAGAAUGA